AUGAAAUAUUUCUCUCUGUGUCUUUCCCCUUCAUUCUUUGUUCCUUUCUUUCUUCUCCCAGUUUCGAAGUUCUCCUUCUCACUGUUUGCGUCCAGUGUCUCCCACCUUGUCACAUUCUUUCUUUCUUACUUUCUAAUGUUGUUUGUUGCUGUUUUCCGCCUGAAUUGUCUGUCAUCGCCUCUUGCUCGAUUCUAUCUUUCACCCCUCACACCCGCCUAUUUUAUGGCCUUUGCCAUCAUCCGCUUCUUCGAAUUCUUGUCCAUUUCUUCUUCAAUUUUCUUGCUUUUCUUCUUCUUCUUCUUCUUCUUCAAAAUAUCCUCCCUGCCUAUCAUUAUUAUCUUCAUGAUGAUGAUGAUGAUCAUCAUCAUCUCCUCUUGCUCCUCCUCAUCCUCUUUCUUCUUCUUCUUCUUCAUCAAAAUAUCCUUCCUGCCUAUCAUGAUUAUCUUCAUGAUCAUCAUCAUGAUCAUCAUCUCCUCUUGCUCCUCCUCAUCCUCUUUCUUCUUCUUCUUCUUCUUCUUCUACACCAUUCUUCACCACCUUCUUUCCAUAUCAUCAUCAUCACCCACUUUUCUUCUUCAUCAUCAUCAUCCUUUUCUUCGUCUUUCUCUUCAUCAUCAUCAUCAUCAUCAUCAUCAUCAUCAUCCAUCUUCUUUCUUCAUCCUCUUCUUCCCUCAUUUCUUCCCUCUCUUCCUUUUUCAUCAUCAUCAUCAUCAUCUUCUUCUUCUCUUUCUUUUCCUUCUUCUACAUUCACGCCUCCUUCACAAUUCUUCUCAUCAGCCAUCUUUUCUUUUCCGUCAUCAUCAUCAUCGUCAAUAUCCUUUCUUCUCCUUUAUUGUGACCUUCUUCUUUAUUGCAAUGUCAAUUAUAUUCUUCUUUUCUCCUUCAUUCGGCGCCUGUUUUGAUACUUCCGGUUCUUCUUCAAUCCUAAUUUCUUCUUCAUCACACGCCUUCUUUUUUUAUUUUCUUCAUAUUUCACUAUCCUUUUUUUCUUUAUUUUAUUGUUGUUGUUGUUGUUGUUCUUUUUCUUCUUCUUCUUCUUCUUCGUCGACGUCGUCGUUGUCAUCGUUGCCGGCUUCUACUUCUAACUUUCUCUUUCAUCAUGUUUCUUCUUCUUCCUUUUUUUUUUCUAACCUUCUCUUUCAUCAUGCUUCGGCGUCUUUUCUUCUUCUUCUUCUUCUUCUUCUUCUUCUUCUUCUUCUUCUUCUUCUUCUUCGUCGUCGUCGCCGGCUUCUACUUCUAACUUUCUCUUUUAUCGUGUUUCUUCUUCUUCCUUUUCUUCCUCUUCUUUUUCUAACCUUCUCUUUCAUCAUGCUUCGGCGUCUUUUUUCUUCUUCUUCUUCUUCUUCUUAUUAUUAUUAUUAUUAUCAUUGUUAUUAUUAUUGUAGCAAUGAAAUAAGCACAUUCCAUCUCUCCUCUUGCUUUUAA